AUGACCAGGCUUGUGCAUGGCUACAGUGAAGACAUAACAAGCGAUACGUUACAGGAAUCAUUUCAGGCGUUGACCGAAACUUCGUGAAAUUGGCUAAACACCUUCGAUUAAGGACAUCACUACCAAUGAAUGAUCACCCUCCCUCUCCGGAUGAGGAGAGCCUGUGGAGUUCCCCUCUUGGUGCUGUAGUGUGGGGCUCUUUCCUCUGUUGCUCCGCUUGAGGAGAGGGGCGAGGGAAGCAUGUUCCCGUUCGGCCGUGAGGAGGAGAACUCUCUGGAGGAGCUGUUUGGCUUCUUCAAGCGCUGCCUCAAGCAUGGCGAGUGGGAGCUGGCGGCCGCCUGCGUGCCUCAGCUGGGACAGGCCCCCGGCGGGGUGGCCCAGGAGCUGCGGGACAUCAUCUGGGCCAUGGUCAACCACCCCUACCCACUGGCGUGGGGAAAGAUGGGGAGCCCUCAUAAGCUGGCCUGGUUCUGGAUGCUGGUUCUGGAGGAUUGGACUAAAGAGAAGGUCCCAGACGCGGUCAGGACGGAGCUGGAGUUCAUGCUGGUGCUGGAAGAACUGGGAGAUGAUGUCCCAGAGGAGGUGCUCAAGGAGUUCCAGCAGGCUUUUUGGGACUCGCGAGCAGACAGGAAGAUGUCGGUUCCCAGCACUGAGGUCCAGGCGUGCCUGCGGGACCUGCUGAAGCAGGGGAAACCCCGGCUAGCUGAGGCCCUAGUCACCUUCCUCCUCCGGGGCUCCAGCGAGGCAAGUGGCAGCCCGUGGGACUACUCACUACAGGACGUCUUCAUCCAGCACCUUCUGGAGAAGCUCCAGGAGCCCCCCACAGAGCCCUGGGCAGAGGAGGUGGCCUCGGUCCUGGCCUUGAUGCCCUGGAGUGCGGAGAGGCCCAAGGCCGAGCUGGAGGGCCUCUGGGAGGCGCUGUGGAGGGCCAAGGAGGGGCCACUUAACGAGGGCCGUGUGCUGAGCUCACUGCUGAGGCCCAAGGACCACACACUGGUGACGCUCUACAGCGCCGCUAGUCUGAGGCUACUCAGGGAGCAGAUACUGAGAGAGGCCCCACACACUGAGGAGGAAUUACCUGAAGCUGAGAAGUUAAUGCUGGGGUUAUGUUGUCAUGGUGACAGACCCACUGCGUGGAAGGCCAUCUAUUUUGAAUGUCUUAGCAGUGGCAAGCACUUCCUCGAACAAGUGCUGGUGACGGGCCUGGACCUGGUGAAGAGGCAGGAGUUUGGGCAUCUGGAGGAGAUGUUGCGAGGCGAGUUCCAGCCUCUGGCGCGGCUGCUGCUGCUGCUGGGCUGGCCUCACUGUCCUAACGUGGCCUCUGCCCGCACCCUGCUACAGGUCCUCCACCACCAGCAGCCCUCGGUCAGUGACGCGGUCCUGAGCCAGUUUGCUGACAGCCUGGCCUCUCAGCUCGGGGUGCUGGAGUGGUGUGCCAAAAACAACCCGGGUGUGAGUGAGGAGGCCCUCCAGGCCCAGCUGCUGAUGCUUGGGCAGCAUUCUGCGCUGUACCUGCUGCACUCCCUCACCCCGCUGGCCCAGUACGACGAGCGCCAGGUGCUGGACCUGCUGCAGAGCCUCAGCCCCUCCGGCCAGACAGAGUUCUCUGAUCUGGGGGAUGCCCGCAGCCUUGCUCUCCAGCGCAACAUCACUCUCUUCCAGGGCUUCUGCGCCAUGAAGUACGCGCUCUAUGCCAUCUGUGUGAACGCUCACACAAACACUGACUGCAAGGAGUGUGGGCUAACAGCACGACAGCACAAGAGCCCUGGGUGUCCAGAGGAGAGCGAGACGUCCAAUUCAGAAGAUGCCCAGAAGCUCUUUCAACAGCACCUGUCAGAAUGCCAGCUGUACCUGGAGGCGGUUCCUGCCCUGUUCCGUCUGGAACUCCUGGAGAACAUCUUUUCACUACUGUUCCUCUCCAGCACUGACCUGGCCUCUGUCACGGAACAGAAACACUCUGGCCCGACUCCUGGAGAUGCAGAACCCGGGAACGCGACAAUCAAAGGGACCGGCGAGAGCACAGAGAGCCGAGAGAAGCCAGAUGCUGGUGCCCCAGACUGCCCACAGGAGAGAGCCAAGGGGGGUGCCCAGCGUGGUGUUGGCGAGCCCAGCCGUGCUCACCUGGACCUGGGCCACCUGACUCGGGGCUGCAGGGGCUUCCUGGCAGACGUGCGUACCAUGGAGGGCUUCUUGCGGCUAAUCAGGGAGGGGCUGGAGGGCCUGAACUCCCCCGCGCCGGCCCAGGAUGUGCAGGCCGCCAUCGCCGCCGAGAGCUUGGGCUGCUCGGUGACGGCCGAGACGUUCGAGGUGCGCCUGCAGAGGCUGUCCAAGCGCACGGCCGAGGCCCAGUGGCGGCUGCAGGUGGUCACCAAGAACCAGAGCAGUGGAGACGGAGACUUGCUGCAGAUGUCCUCUCCCCAGGCCAGUCCCGCUCUGUCCAUGAGGCGCGGCAGCAGCAACUCCUCCACCAGCAGGAGGCGACGGAGGCCGGGGCGCCAUCGCCCCGAGCGACACCACCUCCCCACCGACAAGCAGAACGGAGACUUCAGCACCAGCACCUCUGAUGGAGGUGGAGGGGCGGUCUCUGGUCGUUCAGAGCAAGAUGCUUGUCCCUAUAGCUGGCUAGUGCCUGCCAUGCUGGCCCCCCCUGAGUCCUUGCUGGUGUCCUGCAUCCGCAGGGGCAACUUCACAGAAGCACAUCAGGUAAUGCUGAUGUUUAACCUGGAGUCGUCCAGCUGUGCCGGGGAGCUGGUGUUCAUGGAACGCUACCGGGAGGUGCUGCAGGAGCUGGCCCAGGUGGAGCAGAAGAUCGAGAGCCAGUCUCUCUCCUCCUCCUCCUCCUCCUCUGAGGGGCUAGGGGCCGUGGCCACUGUGGUGGCCGCCCAGGGGAGGAGCCGGCUGGGGAGCAGUGGACGGUCCACCCUGCAGGCCAUUGGGAGCGCUGCUGCUGCUGGUAUGGCUUUCUACUCUAUCUCUGAUGUGGCCGAGCGGCUCACCAGUUCUCCUCAGCGGCCUAUCCCUGCUCUGGAGGAGGACUACUGGCUCUCCCAGUUGCGUGGCCCCACGGGCUCUCCGGACCCCUCCUCGCCCAUCCGCCGGCUGCUGGAGGAGCUGAGCCCGCCCGCCAUGGCGGCCUUCGACCUGGCCGUGUGCCACAGCCAACUGUGGAAGAGCUCACGGCAACUACUGGAGACGGCUGAGCGCCGGCUCAACGCCAGCCUAGAGGCAAGAGGACUAAGGUUAGAUCCCAAAGUGCCUCAUGCUGAUGGGAUUAGAGGCUUCCCUGCAGUGCUGCAGCAGAUGAGUAAGAUCCUGAACCGCACGGCCACUGGGAAAGGCCCUGCUAAAGGAGAGGGCGCUGGGGAGGAGGCCACUCUGGGGAGCCCAUUUGGCUGCAGUGCCCAGGAGGUUCUGCUCUCCUGCCACCCGACCCUGACGGAGGAGGCCAUCUCCAGCCGCCUGAGCCUGGGCCAGAGGCUCGAGCAGAUCGCCCAGGUCCUCAGCGCUGCUGCCGACGCCACAGCUGAGGGUCAGUCUUGUGCUACUCUGCUGACGGCACUGGUGGAGCAGGCCAGUCUGAAGCAGUCGGAGCUCGAUGCCCACCCUGUGCGCUCGGCCAUGAAGCAGCUGCUACGGGUGCUGGACCAGCUCUGCCCCUUUGAGCCCGACGGCGCCACCAGCCGCCCUGACUACGUGCGCACCUUCCUGGACUAUGUCAACACGCUGGCCUCGGUCCUGGUACGGAGCAUGGGAUCAGAAGCAGACCAGACUGCAGAGGUGAAGCUGGGGAACCCACUGCUGGUGCUUCAGCAGUCCCCAUCACAGCUGCUCUCGUACCUGCUGUUUGAGCGCCAGGUUUCUGCAGAAAGAUUGUCGUCUCUGCUGCAGCAGGAGGGCUUGGGUCUGAGUGUUGAGCAAGUGAUUGUCCAGCACUGUUGCGAGCCGCUCCUCCUCUGGGACACCCGCAGGCGGAAUGUGAGUGACGAGGGGGGGACUUUCAGCUCAGCACGAAUCGCAGCACUGCUCCAGGAACACGCCCGCAAGCACAACCUCGUCCUGGACCUGCCCCCUUCGCUCGGCACUGAGCUCCACUCCCAGGAGUCCUCCGAGUGCUCCACUGAAGACACCCGCACCUCCUCCGGCAACCUCCUCUCCACCUCUCCUUCCAACUCUUUCAACUCCUACUCCUCUGCCUCGUCAUUGUCGUUGUCGUCGUCCUCCUCCUCCUUACCCUCUUCGUCCUUCUUGCUCACGCCGUCCGCUCUGGCCUUCCUGAAGUCACGCUCGCCCCUGCUGGCCAUUCUGGCGUGCCUCAGUGCUACGCGCAGUGGUGUGGUGCGCCCGUCCUCCGGUUGGUCCGGCCUGCCCUCCUACUUCCGCUCCGGCGGGCGCAAGGAGGCCCCGCUGGACGCCGAGCAGAUCUCCCGUGAGACCCAGGCACUGCUGCAGGACUUCCCUGUCCUCAGAGCCUACCUGCACACCAUGGCCGAGCCGGUACUGGGGGCCCCUUCACCAGGCCUGGAGGCUGAGGGAAAUCGAGAGGGUCUCGGGGCUGAGCUCUGUGGGACGCCGCUGGUAGCACUGGUCCUCUCGGGGCCCCAGAGCGCAGCAGCCCAGGCUCUGGUGGCGGAGGCCUUCCAGCAGGCGCUGAGUGGAGGGGAGCUGGAGCGAGCCCUUACCCUGCUGGAGCUCUACGGGCAGGGAGGCGACCAGCAGGAGGCGCUCAGGGACCAGCUGCUGGCCUGUGCUGCACAGGAAGCUGGUGAGCGGGGCUGGGAGCAUUUGUUUCGUGUGCGGGACACCAACCUGCAGGCUCGGGUGGCUCUGCAGGUGCUAGACCAGUGGCCCUUGGGUGCCUGUCGGGAGCUGCUAGAAUACUGCCUCAGUAAAUCCAACAUGGACACUUCAUUGCAAGAACAACUGCAGCAAAAAAAGCAGGAGAUGGACAUGUACCAUACUAUGCUGGGCUUACAGCCCCCGUUGCCAUGGGAGACCUGGCAGGAGCUGAGAGAAGAGUCGCAGAAGGAUUCGGAGGCUGUGAUGACUCUGCUGCUGGAGACCAGGGAGUUUGAGCUGUGUGCUCAGUGGGUGCAGCUCUAUCCAGUGUCAGAGCAGUCCCGACUCCAGCUGCAGACCGAACACCUCCUCCACCUGUUGGAGAAGGGACUGACCGACGAGGCCUGCCAGCUGCUGGAGCGCUUGUCCGACCCGUCUCAGGGCCUGGAGGUGUGUGAGCGUGCUCUGGACCGCCAGCCCACAUUGGCUGCCUGUCACUUCCUGGCCGACUACCUCACUGUGCACUUUGAGAGCCGCGUGUCUCCCGCCCGCCGUAGGCACAUCCACGCUCUCCACCUGGGCUCCAAGGUGCUGCUGACGUUGCCGGAGGUGUCACAGCACGACUACUUCCCGCUGCUCUCGUCCCCUCUGCUCAUGCUGGAGCAGCUGCUGAUGAACCUGAAGGUGGAGUGGGCCGACGUGGCCGUACGCACCCUCCGGAAUCUUCUGCUGGGCCAGGAGGCCGGCUUCAGCAGCGAGGACAUUGACACACUGCUGUCCAACUACAGCCAGAAAGCUCUGGAAUUCUCCUGUGCCCCCAGGGAAAGGUCACGCGCAGACUCGGUCAUCAGUCUACAGGAUGCCUAUCUGCAGUGCCCCGCCCUAGAGAGCUUUCAUUCCUCUCCCAGUGUAACCCCACCUCCCUCUGCUGGCAGCACACCCAUGCACACCCCCUCCAUCGGCGGCGGUGGGGAGCGCAGAUCCAGCAGCAGGAAGAUGCCGACCCCCGCCAACCCCUUCACCCCGCCAACGAAGCCCCCCGUCCGCAAGGACUGGAUCCCCGACCACCAGCAGCCCGUCUGCAUGGUCUGCCAGCGCGAGCGCUUCACCAUGUUCAACAGGCGCCACCACUGCCGCAGGUGUGGGAGGCUGGUAUGCCAUUCCUGCUCCAGCCACCGGAUGGCAGUAGAGGGCUGUGAUGAGGAGGAGGAAGUGCGAGUGUGCGAUCAGUGUUACAGCUUCUUUCACCCUGAUUUAGACGAUGAACUGGAGCAGGCAGAAUUAGCCAGUAGUCCUGCUGCAGCCCAGGGUGCAUUAGAGGGGGCUGUGCAUCUCCCUGAGGUGCCCGAGAGGCGUUUCAGGCUCAGCAUCAACCCUGCAGACAACCAGAAACUACUGAGCGAGUUCUACUACGAGCAGGCUCCGAGCGCAUCCCUCUGUGUGUCCAUCCUCUCGCUGCACAGCGACCCGGCCGCCUGUGGGCACCAGCUGAUAGGCCACUGCCGCUCGCUCUCACGCACGCUCACCAACCUCGAGGUGGACGCCCGGCUCAUUACCGAUGUCAUGCGCCAGCUGGUCUUCAGCGCCAAGGUCAUGUUCGUCAAGACUGGCCAGACUCAGGACCUGGCCCUCUGUGACAGCUACAUCAGUAAAGUGGACGUGCUGACCAUCUUGGUGAAGGCCAACUACAAGGACAUCCCCUCUCUGGAUGACAUCCUGGAGGCGGCUGCUGUGUCCCGGCUCCGGAACCAGCUGCUGGAGUCCGAAUAUUACCAGCUGGCCGUGGAGGUGUCCACCAAGAGUGGGCUGGACCCGGCGGGCGUGUGGCAUGCGUGGGGCAUGGCGUGCCUGAAGGCGGGCUUCCUGAGCAGGGCGCGCGAGAAGUUCGCCCGCUGCCUGAAGCCGCCGGUGGACCGUGGUCAGCACACCCAGGGCCCGCGGAUCCUCCAGGAGAUCCUGCAGCACCUCGAGGCCAACAUCCGCCCAACCUCCGUCCCCAUGCCUCAGCACUCUGAGGAGGACAUCCUGGCGUCCCUGCGGGAGCUGGAGGAGGCCCUGGCUGAGCCCAACCCCCUGGAACGCCUGGAGGGCCGCAUCCACAACUGCCGCAACUACCAGGAGAGUCUGCACUACCUGCAGACCUACGGCACACACCUGGCCUUGGUCAGCUUCUACAUGCGCCAUGACGGCAUGAAGGAGGCCCUCACGUACCUGAUCAGUAAGGAGUGUCAGGAUGAGGUGUUCCUGGAGGCAGUGCUGACGCCCAGUCUGGAGCGGGGCCGGCUGGGGGUGCUGCAGGGCCAGCUGGAGGCCGUGGACCCCACCCUGGAGGGCUGCAGCCGCUACCUCAUCGCCGCCUGCCAGCACCUGCAGCGCCGCAGCCACUUCCACACACUCUACCAGCUCCAGCAGUUCAUGAUGGACCAUGUGCGUGCUGCCAUGACCUGCAUCCGCUUCUUCACGCACGGCGCCCAGUCCUACCUGCAGCUGGGCGAGCAGCAGCGCUGGCUGGUCCGGGCCAAGGAGCACCUGAGGACCUACCUACAGGAGCAGCAGAGCCGCGGCACCAGCCGCAAGAAGUCAGUCUCCAGCAGCUUCCGCAAGAAGAUGUCCUCCAGCGACGUGUCCAGGCACAUGAACACCAUUGAGCUCCAGCUGGAGGUCACUCGCUUCCUGCACCGCUGUGAGACCUCCUCCCCCUCCAAGUCCUCUGGGAUUCCCCUCCCCAAAGCUAGUGUGCCGCCAACUCUGUUCGGGGGAGGGCCUAUGAAGAUCGAUGUGGCCUGUAAGGUGAUGCUUGGUGGAAAGAAUAUUGAAGAGGGAUUUGGCAUUGCAUACAGAGUCAUCCAGGACUUCCAGCUGGAGGCUUUGGACGUGUACACGCGCGCCGGUCAGCGCCUGGUGCGCCAGCGGCAGUAUGUUGCCGUGCGGCAGCUGCUGAAGUGUGUGGGCGAGUCGGGCGCAGCCACCAAGAACGACUGCGAUGCCAUCGUGCUCAGCUGCAUCUCCCUGGCGGACAAAGCCCCUGCUGACGCCAAAGAACUUGAGGCUCUGAUUCUUGAGUGUAAAAGCACAGAAAACAAGAUUAAGGCCUACCUGCAGUGCAGUAAGCUACGUGCUGCCUAUCUGCUGGCGGUGAAGCUGGAGCCGGGCCGGGCGGGGCCCCUGGUGCAGGAGGUCCUUCAGGCGGCCGAGAGCUCCGGGGACUCGGUCAUGGAGAACAUCUGCCGCCAGUGGCUGGCCGAGCACCAGGACCGGCCGGCCAAGCAGCGCCAGGGCCGGACCAGCGCCAGGUAGCCAGCACCCCACUGCCUCUCCCCAGCCUAGUCCGCACCCAACGCACCCCCAGGGGACUGGUUGAGUGCAGGACUGUGUGCUGGUUGACAUCAUCACACGAGGACCUUCACCGCAGUGCCAUGCUCUCUUUCCUGGGCUUGAGUCUCCGCACUAAGUGUCUCUGUUUGCUUGGAGUGGGAGCGAUGAACGAUAGAAUUGAAAAAACCAAUAGAAUUGAGACUCAAGGAAGCCCACGAAGUUCACAUAACACCGUUCUGUCCUUCUGUUUUGGUUCACUUCUACUAACUACCUCACCAGAAAGGGAUGCUUCCAACACUUUUUUUUCCCUCCCAUGUGAGGAGAAUGUGUUGCAUUGCAAGAGGUUACAAUUUAUUUUCUGACACUUUGCCAAUGUUACAGUAAGUCAAAAUCUAUUAGGUGACUAAAAUGGCAAUAGUCAUGACAUGGUUGCACAUACCUAGUCAUGACAAAGCACAGACCUUCAUCCCAAACAUACAAAGUCUUGUCAUGAUGCAGGAGAUUUGUGGUAUGUCUUGUUUUGUCAGAUAGUGUGGCAAUGAGUUUGAGUAUUGCAGCGUGUGGUUGGCUUAACUGCAUGGUCAGUGUUCUCUGCCCUUUCAAAGGGAAGCCGAAAGCCUUAUGUGUCACUUAAGGGCAUUAGCCACAGCCUAGAGGACAUGUGAUGUAACUUUGGAAAAAACUGAGGAAACUGGAUUUGAAAAGGGACUUCUGCAGUGAACAGAAAGAAGUAUUUGAAGUAUUACAGAACAACAAAUGGGUUAUUAUGAAUAAAUCAAUACCAACACGGCCUCAUUAAUUAAUUAAGUGAUUAAAUGAAUAACUCAUGGCCUAUUUAUGUAUAGUAUUGGUUUAGACACAUAUCUUUCCUGUAAGGCUGACUGUUUUAGUAAUCAACUAUCUCUGACCCUUGUGCACUGUCAUUAUUUACAUAUCUAUUUACAUAUAUUUAUGUAUAUGUGAGUUUUGUGUGUUUGUAUGGAUCUGAAUGAGUACACAUUUUGUCCAUCGCACUGUGCUUUAAAGCUUCGAGGUUAACCCUUUGUUUAUAUCUCUUACCCAAGACCAUGUGAAUACAAUGGCAUCAAUGUGUAGCCAGUGCUUAGCACUAGUUGUACUCCUACUUUGCCUUUCAUAAUCCCAUGGGAAGAUAGCUCUGGAAAAGGGACUUGUUUUUGCUAUGUCUUUUUUAAAAACCAAUGUCAAAGAUGUCUCUUCAAUGCCCUGUUUACAUAAUCUGACAUGUGUAUGACGGCUGUAACAUGGUCUACUACAUAGUUGUCGAGAUGGCAAGACUGAUAGAUGUUUUUCUGAUGACCCGUCAAACAUGGCACUCUUUUUGUUUCUAUCUGAAUCAUUAAUGAGGUAAAGAUACUGUCAUGAUCAUAGCCAUACGUUUUGCCUUUGUAUUUUGUAGUUGCCAUGCAACGGAGUCCUGUGUGUCUGUAUAAAAUAGGUUAUUUAGAAGAAUUCCUUCACAUGUAUGUGCAUGCCCCAAUGAGUCGCUAGUGUACUCCUCCCAGAACACAUGAAUCAGUUUCCUUUCCCUACCGCCGGUCUACAGUACAGAUACACUAGUUCCCACAUGCUCAAGGAUAUCAAUUCUAAUCUUGUUACUUUAACAUAUUUCCGGUGGCAUUUUUUUCUUUAAACAUUCUAGUAGAAAAGAGCCCAAGCUUUGCCACCCACUUGUGUUAACGCUCUACUUAACGACCCUUACAGCUGAUGCAGCAGGAUGCAACAGAAACCAGUUUGUGUGUUUAAAUUAUGUUUCAGAGUAAUGGGUUGAUUUAAGGAAAUCUAUAGAUAAGUUCAUCUAUAAUCUAAAAGAAAUCUAUAGAUUAGUGUCAGUAACAUCUAAUUCAAUGGUAAAAAGAAUUUAGAACUGUUUAAGAACAAUGCCAGGUUACAUGCCAGGACUUUUCUAAUUGGUGUUUGCUCCCAAGCCAUUUGGUAUCCAGUUGCUAGUUUGCCAGACUCUGAAUAAGUUCUGCUUAUAGAAAAGCCAACAAUGUCAGUCUAACUGAAUGGACAAAAGCCAAGAAAGUAAAUAAAUUGUGAAGUUAUUGAAA